UUCCUGUUAGUUUGAAAGUUACUGGUUCCUGUUUCGAGCUUUCCUGCAACCCUACUGCUCCUACCUUGGGGGCCCUGGGAUUGCUGGAUAUGGCCUACCAUGGGAUACCAGCAAUGACUGUCCCAGGCCUGGGAAGGCCUUGUCUGCUGUUGCAUAGGUACCAGCCUUGUAGAUCGUUAUGGUGUCAAAACACAUAUCCGGUUAGCGCCUAGAAUACGAGCCCUGCUGACCUCUUCACCAAGGUGACUCAUGGAAGUAGCUGGUUCUGAAGAACCAGAGCUGGGUCAUCAAUAAAAGAACAGUCUAUGGUGUGUGGACUGCUAGCUGACUGCCAAAGAUAGUUGAGGGGGUGUCGGGGGUAGGAGUACAUGUCAGUGGACUGGUGGGUGCUUCUGUCCCCAAGGGUCAUUGUGGACAUGUACUCAUUUUAUUUGGUUGACUCUUUGGGAAUGCUACUGGCAUUUGUUCAUCUUGAGUGGGAUGCUAGACACCCUAAAGGGUUAAAAACCUCCUUUACUGUGAACAGUUCCCUAGACAUCAUCAUGCAGAUGAAAAUCCUGUUUUAUAUGAGCCUGGAGUUGGCUGCUGUUGGAAAUGGUCUCACGAGGUUCAGGCUGAUCUGGAGCUUGUGAUGCACUUACAUCUGCCUUCAGAGUGUUGGGGUACAGGCAUGUGCCACCACCUGUAGAUGUAACCAACUGUCUUAUUAAAUAAGAAACACAGAGCCGAUUCAGAGAAGAAAGCCAAGAGGUCAGAGCUAAGAGCCUCACCCUUCCUGAUUCAGCGAUCCUCUUCAGCCAAGAGAGCUCUCCGAAAGGAACCUGCUUCCUGUGUGUAUGUCUUUAUAUAGUCUAGCUGUUCUGCCUUCUCAUUGGUUGUAAACCCAAACACGUGACUGCCUCGUCACUGCCUGUAUGUACCGCCCUUCAGGUCCUUAAAGGCGUGCACCACCGCUGCCACGCACUUGCUAUGGCUCUAAUAGCUCUGACCCCCAGGCAACUUUAUUAACAUACAAUUAAAAUCACAUUUCAGUACAAGUAAAAUACCACCACAACCACCCCUAGUCAAUUCUAAGGAUUUUUUUUUUAAGUGCAAACAUGAAAUAUUUUUGGGUAUUUUAGGGGGGAAAAUGGAGGACUCAAACCUACACAAAGAAUUGAAUGCAACAAAGGAAUGUUGGGAAUGGGAGUCUUCCCCAGGGAAUGGCAUACCCGUUGGUUAUCCAAUUCCAAAUGGUCAGUUCUGGAAACACACCUAUGAGUAAAACUAUACAGACUGAGCAGGUUAUUGUUAGUAAUACAUAUGUGGAUAUACAUAUAUUUGUAUAAUAAUAAAAGGGCCAUGAAUUUGAAAAGUGAGGUAGAGGGGUAUCUGGGAUGGUUUCCAGGGAGGAAAGGGAAGGCAGAGAGGAUAUAAUCUCAAAAAUAAAAAAAAUUUUAAACAUAAUUUUCAGGGAAUCAUACUUCCAUGUAAAGUAAAUGUGUACUUUGUUCAAUGUUUUGCCAAAAGUUUGCUCACUAUUUUAGAAAACCUGGUCACCAAUGUCAAUCCUGCUUAUGACGUGUCACUGACUGGCAGUGUAGCUAUCACACCCACAGCGAUCCUGUUUAUAGGUGCGGGUGGCAGACUGUUCCAUUUCUUCUGGUUUAUUUGUGCCCAAACUUUCACAUUUUGAAAUACACAUUACUAUUGAUUACUCUUGCUUUACAGUGAGUGCGUUUUACGUAGUGGUCAUUGUCAUACGGGAUGUGGGCAUCUUAUUAUUUAUUUAUUUUCGUUUUUCGAGACAGGGUUUCUCUGUGUAGUUUUGGUGCCCGUCCUGGAGCUUACUCUGUAGACCAGGCUGGCCUCGAACUCAUAGAGCUCUGCUUCCCGAGUGCUGGGAUUAAAGGCGUGUGCCACCACCACCCGGCUGAUGUGGCCAUUUUAUGCAUGAGUUUUGUUUUGAACUGAUCCAGGGCAUGUCGUGUUUGGUUGAGGAAUGUGUACCUAAUAGAUGAUGCUGAGUGCUGAUGGUAAGAGGUAGUUGGCAAAAUUUCUUCAGGCUAUCUUGACAGCUCUCCCCUAACAGCUCCUGUUUCCAGAGCCUGGUCUAGAAGCAGGGGAUAUGGCUGGAAAUUCUUGAGGGAGGGGUCCAGAACUCAGCUGCUAGGUUAAUAGCUGAUGGAAUUUGCUCAAGAGCUGGGCAAAGGUGAAAGAGCCAUGUCCUGCUCCCAAGCCCUUAUUUCUCUCUCUCCGCUUCAUUGACGCCCCCCAGCCCCUCGCCACAGCAGCCAGCACUCCGCUCACACUCUGACCUCUUACUUUCCUCAACUAGCCCAGGGCAGCCCAGACACAGUCAAGUCAGGGCAGCAUGAGCCGAUCACCUCUCCAUCCUGUCCCACUCCUAUCUGUGGGCUCCCAGGAUGCCCCUGCUCCCCUGCCACCACUGCUGCCCCCUCCCCAGAAUCCCUCCUCCCACUCAUGGGCCUCUCGGUGUGGGCCUUCCACCUGGGGCCUCGGCUGUCUUCUGGCUCUGCAGGUAGGAGGUAGAGGCGCUGGCUGAAAUGGGUAUUUGGAGGGAGUCAAUGAGUCGUGAGAAACCCACGGAUAGGUACUUCUGCGGCUCAUCCCUCUACACUCUCCGCAGCAUUUCCUGGUCCUGGCAUCUCUGCUCUGUGCCUCCCACCUACUGCUGCUCCACAGUCUUCCCCCAGGGGGGCUCUCAUACUCACCUGCUCAGCUCCUGGCUUCCAGUUUCUUUUCCUGCGGUGUGUCUACGGUCCUGCAAACUUGGAUGGGCAGCAGGCUGCCUCUAGUCCAGGCUCCAUCCUUAGAAUUCCUUAUCCCCGCGCUGGUGCUGACAAACCAGAAGCUACCUCCGACCACCAAGACCCCUGGAAAUGGCUCCCUCCCACUGCGCCUGUGUAGUUUGACAAGCUGCCGUGGCCUGGAGCUCUGGAACACUCCUCUCCGAGAGGUGUCGGGGGCAGUGGUGGUAUCCGGGCUGCUGCAGGGCACAGUAGGACUUCUAGGGGUGCCUGGCCGUGUGUUCCCCUACUGUGGGCCACUGGUGCUGGCUCCCAGCCUGGUUGUAGCAGGGCUCUCUGCCCACAAGGAGGUGGCCCAGUUCUGUUCCGCUCACUGGGGCCUGGCCUUGCUGCUCAUCCUGCUCAUGGUGGUAUGUUCUCAGCACUUAGGUUCCUGCCAGGUACCCCUGUGCUCCUGGAGGCCAGCUUCAACUUCUUCUUCAACUCCCAUUUAUCUGCCUGUCUUCCGACUCCUUUCGGUGCUUACCCCUGUGGCCUGUGUGUGGAUCAUCUCUGCCCUUCUGGGUCUGAGUGUCAUCCCCCUGCAGCUCUCUGACCCCACUGAGACACCAUGGUUUUGGCUGCCUCACCCAGGUGAGUGGGAUUGGCCCUUGUUGACGCCCAGAGCCCUGGCUGCAGGAAUCGCCAUGGCUUUGGCAACCUCCACCAGCUCCUUGGGUUGCUAUGCCCUGUGUGGCCAGCUGUUGCAUCUGUCUCCUCCACCACCACAUGCCUGCAGUCGAGGGCUGAGCCUGGAGGGGCUGGGCAGUGUGCUGGCAGGGCUGCUGGGGAGUCCCCUGGGCACUGCAUCCAGCUUCCCUAACGUAGGCACAGUGAGUCUUUUCCAGACCGGUUCACGGCGAGUAGCCCACCUUGUGGGGCUGUUCUGCAUGGGGCUUGGGCUCUCCCCAAGGCUGGCUCAGCUCUUCACCAACAUCCCACUGCCUGUGCUUGGUGGGGUCCUGGGAGUGACUCAGGCUGUAGUUCUGUCUGCUGGAUUCUCCAGUUUCCACCUGGCUGACAUUGAUUCUGGACGAAAUGUCUUCAUCGUGGGUUUCUCCAUUUUCAUGGCCUUGCUUCUGCCCAGGUGGCUCCGGGAAGCCCCGGUCCUGCUCAACACAGGCUGGAGCCCCUUGGAUAUGUUCCUGCGUUCAUUGCUGGCAGAACCCAUUUUUCUAGCUGGUCUUUUGGGCUUUCUUCUAGAAAACACCAUUUCUGGUACACAGAUUGAGCGAGGCUUAGGUCAAAGGCUGCCAACUUCUUUCACUGCCCAAGAAACUCAGAAGUCCAGGGAGAAGACUGCUCAAGAGUAUGGGCUUCCUUUACCCAUUCAAAACCUGUGUUCCUGCAUCCCACAGCCUCUCCAUUGCCUCUGUCCAAUGCCGGAAGACUCUGAGGAUGAGGAAGGAGGGCCCUCUGAAACAGAAGAGAUGGCCGACUUGUUGCCUAACUCUGAGGAGUCAUGCCCUACAGCUAGCAGAGAAGGGUUUAGGUCCCAGUAAUUACCAAGAGCACCAUUUUUGUCUUUAUUAGUUUAGCAGUAACUCUCAGCUUGCUGGAGUCUCUUGCCUUCAAGGCAAUACUUUCUCCCAGUGAGAAGGUGUACACGUGGCCCACCUAGACGCACCAUUUCCCAGUAGAAUGGGCUGCCUUUCCUCCUCUUAAUCAGGCUAAAGUGUUCAGAAGCAGGGGGCAUGGGUUUAGUGAAUAAAUGAGAUUUUUGCCUGUG